AUGUUCUUUGCACAUCCUCAGGCUUUAUUAUUAUCAGAGAGUAUGGUCAACGAUGCUGAUGAAAAUGACAGUUCAACUGUGCAAGACAUUUUUGAUUCUGACGAUACUGAUGAAGACCCAAACUACUUAUCUGAGACAGAAAGUGAGAGUUCAUCACAGAGCGAGUCUGUGAGCGCCAAUUCAUUAGCUAUAGGAUCCUUGGGUUCCCAGCAGGGCGCAGGAAAUGCUUCCAGAAAUUGA